GUUUGUUGCCUGCACAAGCGCCAUCAUUUAGAGUGCCGUCAUCAACCUAACAAGAUGGCUCACAUUUUCUGGAAGUCUGAUUAACAGGCUGAUAUUUGCAAACACCAUAUACAUCCCACUGGACUAUGACAAAAAUGACCUUUACUUUUGACCAUCUGCUGGUUCUUCUGGGCUUCUGCAGCAUGUGGCAGAGGACAGAUGGUCAGACAUUAGGUAAAGUCGUGAUUUGGGGUCCCUCUGAGGGCACCGUGAAAGAUAUUAAGGAGUUCUUCUGCAAGGUUGAUGAAAUUCCAGAAGACGUGUCUGUUCAGUAUCAGUUAAUUAAAGAAGGUGACUCUAAGAAGCCCAUUGAGUACACUUCCCUCAGCGGUGAGCCUGCCCAGUUUAAUAUUUUUGUCGUCUCUGACCAUGAUGGAAGGUACAAAUGCAAAGCAAGUGGACACAACAACACAGAGGUCCUACCCUCAUAUAGUAACUCACUGCGCUUCAGAGUCAUUGAAAAGAUAGUAAAUGCACACAUCGUAUUAGACCCGCCAUCUGAGGAAUUCUGGGUGGAAGAGAGUGUGACUCUGCAGUGUAAUGUGACUGGGGGGACUUAUGUCUCUUAUCAUUGGCUCUUGGACAACGUACCAGUCCAGCACCACUACAACAGGUCUCAGAACCAACUGACCAUUCAAAGCCUGUCCACCAGUGACAGUGGGAGAUACACCUGUGUGGCUUCAAACCAAUUAAAUUACACGUUGUUCUCCAACAGUUCUGAUUUCAAGAAUGUGAAUGUAAAAGAGCAUGUCUCAGAUCCCAAAAUCUCAUUUGAAUUUGUCAAACGUGAGAAUGGAAAUUUUUCUGCUGUCGUGAAGUGCCAGUCAGAGAAGGGGACCUCACCCAUAAACUUCUCACUUCUCAGAAACAAUGACAACUUUGCUGAGAAACUAGAUGAAGACUUGCAAGCCAGUUUUGAAGUGCCAAUUCAACUAGACCAGAACAUGGGCUUCGCACAGUGCCUGGCAAAUGACAGGACCAGAAGGGUGUUGAGUGAACCACUGAACAUCACAGUGGAGUCAGUUGGGGGCGCUGUGACAAUGAGUGUGGACAGAACUGUGACAAACAAUUCUGUGGUGUGGGCUGUGUGGCUGCGAUGCAGUGUGGAAAGGGGGACGUUUCCAGAAUACUCCUGGUUCCUCAACAACACCAGGCUGGAAAAACAAAACUUAUUUCAGCACCAGACAAAUGAUGCAGUUUUUCCAGUCAUUUUGGUCCCAGAGGCUGCUGGCAUCUACCACUGUGAGGCAGCAAAUGCUUUCGACACCACUACGAGAGUGCUCAGUCAAAAGUGGAGGAUCAAUAAAGAAGUGAUGAAUAGAGUUCCACUGACAGUGGUGAUCAUCGUGUUCACCUGUUUCUUUGUGGUGAUCGUUGCUGUGACUGCUUGUUGUCUUUAUGGAGUGGUGUUACGUAAGAAGAAAGCCAGAAUAUACAAUCUUAAAGAAGAAUUCACAGACAUGAGGAGCAUAUAUGAUGACAUUAUAAACGAGGAUGAAGAUGACGAAGUGAAUGUAGCUGUGUAUGAAGAAGACAUGGACAUUGUAGAAGCCUCCAGGAUAGAAGACUCUGAUGAGGAUGAAGACGAGCAAAGCAGCAUAGCUGAUGAGGAAAGUGAUGAAGAAAAGAAUUUUCUGGAUGAAGAAACCAUUGAAGGUGCUGGUACUGAAGAGACUGAAUUGGACUGAGAAAGUUAUUCUCAUGUCUAAAUAUACCAAGCUUUUUGUAGCACUGCAAAGAUGUGGCCUAGUGAACUUAACGAAUGCUUAUCAACGACCAUAGUCUUGGUUACAUUACUCAGCUGUUCUGCUUUUUUACUGUUGCUGUGCUGUAGAGGAUGUAGGUCAACCAGCCAUCUACACUAGCGUAGAUGCCAUAUUUACAAUUUCUGGUAUUUUGUAUGCAUAAACAUAUUGCAGUGUAGUAACAACUUACAACAUUCCUUUUAGAUUCAAAUGUUACAAACUAUGUUUUAUUCAAUAUUUCCACGAUUCUUUUAACUAAAAAUUUAAACAACAAACAGUAUACUGUAAUUAUCUGUUUUAAUACAUUUUUCAUAAAGUUAUCUGCGCUAAUAUUUCAUACACACUGUUGAAAUAUGCUAAAUUCUGAAUAUCAAUUUUAAUAUAACUUGAUUCUUAAUAUAACUUGAUAAUUUUUUUAGUCGUUUUAUAAUCAUCAACAUCAUUCUGGACACAUCUUAUAUUUCUUCAUUUUUAUUCACAUUUUCUUAGUGUCCUACCAGUUGUUUCCAACAUUUGUAGCUGUACAGGAUGAGCACAUGAAAGUCAUUAUAUACGUUUAUCCACAACCAAAUCAGUUUAUUGUUAUUGAAAACAGUAAUUCCCAGUUUUUUAAUGCUAGUGUAUGUUCAAAGAAAAUGGUCAGAUUGUUCAGGUUCCAAUACACUUCCAAUAAAGUAAAUUGCAUAAAAUAUUUGUAAAAUACAUGUAUUUUUAAUUUUCCUGUAAUUAAACUGGAUAUUUUCCAUUA